CCCGCGUAGCGGACUCGGUGUAGUGAUGACGCGACACUGAGGAAGUUCAGUGCGGUGAUGAAAGAGCACCUGCGAGGAGCUGAGAGACACAAACACCUCGGAUUUAACUUCCCGCCGCAGAAACACACGCAAUGUCGUGGAUAAAAGCUCUCACCGCUUGCCUUGUGCUCUCCAGCCUGCUGUUCAGCUCCCAGUCAGUGCCUAUCAGUGUAGAUAAAACUAAAGUCAAGGUGCCAGAGGAGACGGUGCAGGAACCUCCUCAGAGUGUGGACACUGGACUGCAUUAUGACCGCUAUCUCAGGGAAGUUAUUGAUUUCCUCGAAAAAGACCAGCAUUUUAGAGAAAAGCUUCACAACACAGACAUGGAGGAUAUAAAGCAAGGGAAACUGGCUAAAGAGCUGGACUUCGUGAGCCACCACGUCAGGACGAAGCUGGACGAGUUGAAAAGGCAGGAAGUGAGUCGACUGAGGACGCUGAUCAAAGCCAAGCAGGACAUCGAAGGAGGGAACGACGUGGCCGUGGACCAUCAGGCUUUACUGAAGCAGUUCGAGUACCUGAACCACAUGAACCCUCACACGUUCGAGGUGGAAGAUCUGGACAGACUCAUCAAAUCAGCCACGAAGGAUUUGGAGAACUACGACAAAGAACGUCACGAGGAGUUUAAAAAGUACGAGAUGAUGAAGGAGCACGAGCGCCGCGAGCACCUGAAGACCCUCGACGAGGAGAGCAGAAAGAAAGAAGAGGAGCAUUACGAGGAGAUGAAGAAAAAGCACGCAGAUCACCCGAAAAUCAACCAUCCUGGAAGUCAGAAUCAGCUGAAGGAGGUGUGGGAGGAGGCGGACGGUCUCGACCCUGACGAUUUCGACCCCAAAACUUUCUUCAAUCUUCACGAUACGAACGGAGACGGAUUUUUUGACGAACAGGAAUUGGAGGCGCUGUUUACUAAAGAGCUGGAGAAAAUCUACGAUCCUGCUAACGAGGAGGACGACAUGGUGGAGAUGGAGGAGGAGAGGUUACGGAUGAGGGAACACGUCAUGAAUGAGGUUGACACAAACAAGGACCGUUUGGUCUCCUUAGACGAGUUCCUGGUCGCCACUAAGAAGAAAGAGUUCCUGGAGCCGGACAGUUGGGAGACUCUGGAGCAAAACCAGGCGUACACCGAGGAGGAGAUGCGCGAGUUUGAGGAACAUCUCGUCAGGCAGGAGCAGGACCUGAACGAGAAGACGGCCGAGUUGCAGAAGCAGCGUGACGAGCUGGAGAGACAGCAGGAGCAGCUCAACGCGCAGAAAAUAGAACUGCAACAAGCUGUAGAGCACAUGGAACGGUUAAAAACUCAGAAGGGUCCACCUGAAGUUCAUGUUGAGGGGAACGAAGUCCCAGAACCCCCUAAAAACGAGCACCAGCCUCCGCCCGCUGAUCACCAGCAGCUGCCCCCGGGACACCAGGACGCUCCUGCAGCUCAGCAGGAUUUGAGCCACAAUCAGCCUUUGCCUCAGGAUUCGCACCCCAAUGUCAUCCAGGACGUCCCACAAGUACCAUAGACAAAGACCGGUAUCAGGACUGUGCAGAUAAACACACAAGCGCCCCACUUAUUCUCCAGCGUCUGGAGGCGAUGCGUAAGGACCACUCACCCCUCUCUGUGUGUGUGUGUGCGUGUGUGUGUAUCCUCCAGUCUCUGCUGCUCAAUUAUGUUUCAUUUUAUCCUUUAUUUUAUCGUAUAAUCCUCCUCAUGCUGGUUUGACUCAUGGUCAAGGUAGUUUUUGCACAUUAAAAUUUUUUUUUUAAAGAUUACACAAAAGGGCACGAUGGAGAAAAAAAAUAAAGUCAUUCAUUUUAUUAUUUAAUCAUUUGCUCAGUCAAGUGUUUGAGGUUUACAGCUUAAGACAAUUAAAUACAAACAAGGUCCAGAUAAUUUCAACAAGGAAUGAAGUUGAUUAUAAACUUAAAUUGCAGAAUUAAUUUUGGUCUUAAAUUCAGGUAAAGAAAAGUUGAUCAUCAUACCAUGUGUUUUUAAAUUAUUUAAAGUCCAGUUGUUUACUCAUGGUGUAAGAAUGCUCAUUUUAAAAAGGUGCAUUGAAUUUUCUGCACAAAAUAAAAACAAAAAAAGAGAAAAGAAUGUCUCAUCUCAUUGUAUGGAUUUAUGUGUGAUGUUCUUAUUAAAGUUGUCAAGGCA